AACAGAAAUAGAAAAAUGAAAAUAAAUGGUACCAACAUUUCCUAUAGGAAAGAUCACACUCUUUAUAGAAUAAAGUCUCUGACCACAUUAUAGAAUCCUGAGAACAAGUCAUAUUAACAAACUUAUCUCCCCUUGCAAAAACUCUCUCCCAAAGGGACACGAACCUCUCAACACCACAACCACCACCACUGCCACCACCGCCAACAUGUCGGCCAAGGACUGCGGCCACCACGACGAGGAGCGGCACAAGCUGCACCGACGCCUUUUUGCCGCCAUACUUGGCUUCAUAAUACUAAUCCUCUUCAUCAUCCUUCUCAUUUUUCUAAUCCUCAGGCCAACAAAGCCACACUUCAUCCUUCAAGAUGCCACUAUCUACUCCUUCAACAUCUCCUCCCCUAAUUUCCUCACCACCAACUUGCAAAUUACCCUUGCCUCUCGCAACCCAAAUGGCAAAAUUGGAAUUUACUAUGACAAACUCGAUGUCUACGCUACUUACCGUGGCCAACAAAUUACUCUUUCUACACUUCUACCAUCAACUUAUCAGGGCCAUAAAGAUUUCACCAUAUGGUCUCCUUUUGUGUAUGGAAACUCCGUCCCCGUCGCGCCAUAUCUUAGUGGGAGUCUUAGCCAAGAUCAAAUGGCUGGGACUGUGUUGAUAAAUGUUAAAGUGGAUGGAAGAGUUAGAUGGAAAGUUGGGACGUUUGUUUCAGGGAAGUAUCAUUUGAAUGUGAAUUGUCCAGCUUAUGUUGGUGGUCAGGUGAUUGGAAAUAGUAUGGCUGUUGGUUCAGCUAUGAAGUAUCAAUUAGUACAGAAUUGUCAUGUGGAUGUUUGAGGAACUAGCAAGGCCAUGGAUAUUGGCAUCUAUACAGUUCGUGCUCUUUCACUCUCUACUCCAACCCGCCCGCCCCUCUCUUCUUGUUCUUUUAACGAUUAUAGUAUAUGUAAUAGUUUGAUCUAUUGAGGAUGUAUAAUUCGAGAAAAUGCAAAGUUUUAGUUGAAUUUAUUGAUAUUGUGCUUGUAAUUAA